AUGUCUCCCGUCAGUUAUUAUGUGAACGCUGCAGGAUCAAACCUCCAGAACUUGUGUCACAACACACACAUGUUUAAUACCCCUACCUCACAAGCUCUCGCCGACCAGGCGAUCGGACGUGUCCUUUGUGUGGGACAAAGCCAGGUAGUCAAGAUAUCUGAAUAUGUUGUUCACGACAGUUUCAACACCUCGGUGUUUAUUAAGGAUCUGACGAAGGCCAUCCCGGAUCCUGUGGCCACUUUGAAUUGGGAGCUUCUCAGAGCAUCACGUCCACCGAUCUUGGUUUCAGGCUUUCCGGCCGACUGA